GCAAAAACAAAGAAACAAAAAAACCUAAGGAAUCUAAAACUCAACUACUUCAAGAAUCCAAAAGGCUUCAGAGGCCUCUACCUCUGUCUUGGGCAAACUUAUCUGAUUAUAAGGAGGAAAAUCCAUUGAGAGGAAUAAUGGGUGAAACGGGUAAGCGCUAUCGUUCUCAGAGAGACCAUGAUGGGGGUAACAAGAACAAAAAGAGGCGUUUUAAUGACAGAGAGGAAAAGGGUAGUGAUGAAAUGGUUGUUUAUAGGAUUCUAUGCCCUGAUGGGGUUAUUGGAAGUGUUAUUGGUAAGAGUGGGAAAGUGAUAAAUACAAUAAGGCAAGAUACUAGAGCGAAAAUCAAGGUUGUGGAUCCGUUUCCAGGUGCUAAAGAUAGGGUUAUAAAUAUAUACAGCUAUGUUAAGGAUAAGGAAGAAGUCGAAGUUGAUGAUGAGUUUAGUGAUAGGGAACCUCUGUGUGCUGCCCAGGAUGCUCUUCUUAGAGUUCAUACUGCCAUUUCAAAUGCAUUGGCUUCUGUUGGAGAUUCUGACAAGAAACGGAGGGAUAGUAGGGAAGACUGUCAAAUUCUUGUUCCUUCUAGCCAGUCUGCAAAUAUAAUAGGUAAGGCUGGUUCGACUAUAAAGAAACUGAGAAGCAAGACGAGGACCAACAUUAAGAUUGUUGCAAAAGAUGCCACUGACCCAACACAUUCAUGCGCUAUGGACUUUGACAAUUUUCUUAUGAUAAAUGGAGAAUCCGAAGCAGUGAAAAGAGCAUUGUUUGCAGUCUCUGCAAUUAUGUACAAGUUUGCUCCGAGGGAAGAGAUUCCUCUUGAGACAUCAGUACCAGAAGCCCCUCCAAGCAUAAUUAUCCCAUCAGAUGUCUCUAUUUAUCAACCAGGUGGACUAUAUCAAAGUGCAGAUCCUAUCGUCCCUUCUAGAUCUGUACCUCCAAUUAUAGGUGCUACACAUGUUCAAGAUCUUCAGGGUUACGCGGAUACAGGGAAUACAUGGCCCAUAUAUUCAUCUGCCCUUCCUUUAGUUUCUGGUUUCAGUGUUGCCUCCCGAUCUGAGGAGUUAGUUGUGCGAGUACUGUGUCCUUUUGACAAAAUUGGUCGUGUAAUUGGCAAGGGUGGGGGCACAAUUAAAAUCAUUAGGCAGGCAAGUGGCGCUCGUGUCGAGGUUGAUGAUACCAAGGACCGUGAUGAGUGUAUAAUUACUGUUGCCGCAACAGAGUCGCCCGAUGAUCUGAAAUCCAUGGCAGUUGAAGCUGUUCUGUUGCUGCAAGGGAAGAUAAAUGACGAAGAUGAUGACUCUGUUUCUAUUCGACUUCUUGUUCCAUCUAAAGUUAUUGGUUGUAUUAUUGGAAAAAGUGGUUCAAUUAUAAAUGAAAUCCGAAAGAGAACAAAAGCUGACGUCCGUAUUUCAAAAGCUGAUAAGCCUAAAUGUGCUGAUGCUAAUGACGAACUUGUUGAGGUGGCAGGUGAACCCAGUAGUUUGAGGGAUGCACUUAUUCAGAUUGUUCUGAGGCUCCGGGACGAUGUCUUAAAGGAUAGAGAUGGUGGUCAUAACCCCUCUGGUGGUGCUGAAUCCCUGUACUCCGGUGGCACUGGUCUCUCAAUCCCAUCUGUCCUGCCUUCUGUCCCCCCAGUUACUUCAUUGGGUUAUGAUCAGAGGGCUGAAAGUGGAAGUGGCUUGGGCAUGCAUUCUUCUGGUAGCCUCUAUGGAUAUGGAUCUAUGUCGAUGGGAGAAAAUGGCUAUGGAUCCAUGUCGUCUUAUUCAUCCAAGUUAUAUGGAGGGUUGCCACCCCCUUCAACACUUGAGAUGUUAGUUCCUGCUAAUGCAGUUGGUAAGGUGCUGGGCAAAGGAGGGGCAAAUAUAGCCAAUAUUCGGAAGAUAUCAGGUGCAAUGAUAGAGAUCUCUGACUCCAAAUCUUCCCGGGGUGAUCGUAUUGCUCAUAUAUCUGGCACACCUGAACAGAAGCGUACAGCAGAGAAUUUGAUUCAGGCGUUUAUAAUGGCCCCCUAACUUCCUAGGGUACUUCUUGCUGUUUAAAGGUGAAUAGUCCUUUAAGCUAAUAUAUGUCUGGUGUGUACAGCAGAGAAUCUUGGGUAUUUCUCUUCCUAUCCUAGUCCUUUAGGUUUGGUUUUGGAGAAGGCUUCUUUUCUAGGCUUAUUCAACUUGACCUCUUCCUGAUUUUCCCACUAAAGCGGGUAUUGAGACUGAGCCAGAGGAUUCACUGCUGGGUUUAUGCUUAGGCAUGUAGCCUUCUGUCUGUCGCCGAAUCUAUUCUUAAUCUACAAUAUUAGUUCCUUUCUUUCCUGUCACAUCACUUCAUCUGGUCUUAUCUUCGCUAAUAUAAAGUUCAUCUAAUUUUUCGGUAUUGUCACACCCAAUAUUCUAUAAUUUCAUGUUCUUGCCAGUUUCAAUAAUGACCAUGAUUGUCGAUCUUAUUA